UUUAAAAUGGCCGCUGGGACCAGCUGUUGGGGGGUCGUCAUUUCGGAGCACGCUUCAUUUUGGAGUAAAUUCAACCAGAAUUUAUUCUGCGGAGUGAGAUUAUUUGUUUAAGACAUGUAAAAAUACAGUUCGAAGAUUCAUUGCACCCUUACAUUGAUUGCCUACUACUUUGGCUCCAAUAACCUCUACCAAAGCACGGAAAGGAGAAGGGCAAAUGAUUUAAGAUGAAGGAAGAGAUAAAGAGAUUGAGGGGCAAAAAAGGAAAGGGGCUGAGGAUCUUCGAAAUGCAUUGUAAACGGAGUGAAAGUAAAACACUGAGUCUCAUGGAGACUUGGUUCUCGUUGUCGACUGGACCCAUUUGUUGUGAACAUGCCUGGCCAGUUAUUCAUCAGACUUCCAAAUGCCUGUUUCGAUUGGCCUACACUUGUUUUCAUACACCCCAGCUGUUACGGCAGAUCCCCGUGCACUCGAACGGAUGCGUUCUGCCUGGGCAGCCUUGUGAGAGUAGUCAUAAUUUUUUGGACAAGGUAGAUUUUUCGUUGACGAUUUUGAUUGAUCGAUCCUUGCAGUUCAAAAUCAAUCAAGAGAGAAACUCUUGGUACUGGAUGUGUGGAAAUUCGAUAGAGUGGGUUGGAAGCUUCCUGGAGAACCAUGAGAGCAGAGAAAAACUUGAUGAUGCAAGUGUUAGGAGGGACUCGAGGGUCGAAUCAGCUGAGCAAUGGGUCACAUAGUUUUGAGCGAGCUGAGUACUGGAGGUUGAGGAUAAUUAUUCAUGCAAGUUUUGAUGAGUUCAUUAUUUUUUAUUUACAGUUUCUCACUUAUCUUGAAAAUACAGUGCUCGGAGAGCAAAUGUCGAACCAACUUUCAUAUAACGGGAGCAAUUCCAGACAGAAACGAUUUCUUGAUCAUUUUUCGUAUAAAUAGUUGUUGACGAGAUAAUUCUCUAAUUGGGGAUGAUGUUAUUAGGUAAUAGAUGUCAAUUUGGGUGCAUUACUCUACGACUCAAUUUGCAAUGGUGGAUCAAUCCCAGACUUGAUAAAUACCAGAGUCACCUCUGGGAAGUUUCUCCCAUCCAAAAGUCAAGUCUGGGAUUGAUCCAUCAAGGUGUCCAUUUGCUUUAUUCUAUUGGGCAACUGUUUUAAUUAAUUCGUUUGCAUUCUGGGGUUACACAACAUAUAUGCAGGGAAUCGACUGUCGAGGUGUUCAUCAAACCCUUCCACGGUCGCAGAUUUUUCAGAUAUUUGAUGAUGAAAAAAAUGGACAGCGUAAAGGGUUGUGGCAGCAUCUGCAUACAUGGCUAGAUUGAUUCAUCGGCAGCACAACGAACGCUGAGGACCUGAUUCUCGGAAAAUCCAUGGGAAUCAUUAACCUCUUUAACUUCAAUGUUUUAAAUUGGAAGGGAAUAAUAAUGUCAAAUUAUCUGGAUUACAUAGUUUGAGAGAUGUCGGGGCGUCCACGAGCGGUCUUGCGAGAGGAAUUUAUUACCCUCCUCGAAAAAUACAUUGAGUAUUUCGCCACCGAUGACAUCCCAAUAUUUUCGCAUAAUGUUUGGAAACAAAUGUAUGAGGAUUUGGGUGGAAGGUGGUCAAUCAAAACGCUGAAUAAUCGCGUGAGACAGGACACAGGUGGGAUGCUCACUGCUGCUCGUGCAAAUCGGAACAUCUCUAUACCUCCACGCGAACCACUAAUUCUUCUCUCUGAAGAUGAAUAUAUCUGUGAGGAAUCUGUGAGGCAAAAUUCGGACGAUGAGAGCGAUUGGCAUGGCUCUGAUGAAUUUGACACAUCACUUCGAGAGGAUCAAUUUCCUUUUCUUUUGGAAACCCCUGAUUGGGACAAAAUAAAGCCAGAUGGAAAGCCUAAAGGUCCUAAUAAGAAGUUGAAGAAAGAGGUUUGGGCCGCAGUAUUCUCCAAAGCAUUUUGGCGAAAAUAUAAAUUUCCUUGUGCAUUUCUGGCGAAAAAUUCCCAUGUUAGGCUGGAUCAAGUGGACCCUGACGAUGGAUAUUUUUGCAAAGUCUCUCUAUACUGUAAAGACAAGGAGAAGUGCAAAAAUAAAAUGAUUGGAGUUGCCAAUAAACCACCUGAUAAGCAUGGUUUAAAAUUCAUUAUUUCAACUCGUGACACUAGGAACGAUUAUCAUCGUGAGGUGCAGCGUCCUUUGAGAGGAGUUGAACGGAAGGAGGUAGGACAGUCGAUACAAGGCACAUGUGCUUCUAAUUACCAGGAACAAUUGAUCGAGAAAUACAUGGAAUUUGGUCAAAAUGUCCCACAUUUCAUCAGGAGUAAACGCAUCUACCGACAGGCAAAAAUGGAGACAAAUAAAGAAAAUCAUGGAUUGGCACGUAAAGAAAAAGUUGAUGUUAUUAAAUCGAUUCAAACCCUGGCUGGUGACUCCCGCUAUCCUCACAGCAUCCAUAAUCUCGGUGCAAUCGAUUUUUUUGUUUGGUAUUGUAUACCACAGCAAAUUCAUGUGUUUAAAGAGUACUGUCGCGUCAAGAGAGGAUCAUCACAAAUUGCUAUUGAUGCCUCAGGAAAAUUUGUAAGAAAAUUUGACAUUUCAGAGACUAAAAAAACUGGGCACAUCUUCGUUUUUACGAUAACCAUCAAUUUUGAGAAUACGACUCUCUGUGUCAAUCAAAUGUUAUCUACAAUACACACUCAAGAGUUCAUCGAGAACUGGAUCAAACAUUGGAAGAGAUUGGGAGCUCCAUCCCCCAGUGAGUGCAUUUCUGAUUAUGAAAGAGCGAUCCCUUUGUCCGCUGCUCUGGCGUUUAACAACAUGAGCUUAAAGACUUACGUUGAUGAGUGUUUUUUGUGGGCUAACUUGAACGACGAGGAGAAAAAGUUGAAACCACGACCAGCACCUACCCUUAUACUCAUCGAUGUGGCUCACGUAAUGGCAUUCGUGGCUAAAUGGCAAUGCCUGAAAGGUUCUCAUCCAUACGUGAAAAGUUUUAUCCUCAAAUGCGUGGCCUUACUAAUUGAUGCACAGAGUGUAAAAGAAUUUAGAGAGAUAUUUUUAUUGCUAUGCAUCGUAGCUCUUCAGCCAUGUAAUGACACAUUUGUCAGGAUAUCCAAAACUCACAUGACCGUUCGAGAAGCCAGAAAUGCAUUGGAAGAGUUAAUAAGCUCACGCAGCCACGAAAUAGGUCAAUUGGAAAGCUCCAGAACACUUUAUGAAGAAAACACUGAUAAGAAUUCUGAUAAAGAGUUCACCGAAGGUGAAGAUGGUACUACAACUCACCAGUGGAUAAAAGGAUUAAUUGCUACAGCGAAAUCUGUCGAUCCUGCUGCAAUAAAAGGUGAAUCGGUGAAUGCAUUUUAUCUCCCUAGUUUCAUCAAUCAGCUGGAGAGAAUAGCGAAAGAAUUCCCUCUGUGGUCUGCUGCUGCUAUUCCUAUUAGAAGUGGACAUGUGUCAACGGCAUAUCAAGAAGGAUAUUUCUCACGCAUGAGAUCACAAGUUUUUGAAAAGAUAACGUUGCCUUGUCAGGCUAAUGUUUUUCUUAAAACUCACAUGGACCAUUUGCUGAACGGCAGCAAAAUGAUGUUCAGCAAGUUGACACAUUUUCUCCACCGAGAAGAAGAACAUCAUUCAUCGCCUGAUGGAAUCAUAGAGCAGACUAUUCCAGGAAUUGACUCCCACUUUCCUCAGGAAUCCCAUCCCCUCGAGUCGCCCACCACAGAGAGAUCAUCACCAUCAACUCCACUGAAAAAGCAUUCAGAGAUAGUAAAGUUUGAAUUGAAGAGAAAACGCAGUCCACUAGCACCUUUGAAAUCACACAAUCCUCCAGCCACGACAACGAACUCUAUCUUCCAUGAAACCGACUUUUUAUCGAGAAAACGACUCAACAGAAAUUAUAUUGCCGAUGACUCUGAUUUAAAAUCCUCUGAGCCAUGGGGAGGACUUAAGAACUCUAACGUUUGCCCGAAUGACACCAGUUCGGACGAAGAUGAUGGUAAAAUGUCUCCUCGUCGCCUACGUCAUCGUGAUGAUCAGUCUAACUCUCAGUCAGCUGUUAAAUCUUUCUGUAUUCUCUCUGAUCUCAACCAAAACGAUGGUAAAAUUAUUGAUGAGAAUCUGGAGAAUGAGCGUUCUGAGGCUUCUUCAAAAGAUGAGCCUGUAAGAGUGGAUGAAAAAGUUCAACUAUUACAUUUCCGACACUCUGAUCCCUCAUUCCACUUCGAUGAGCCUCAAUUCAACAGUACGACACUCGACCAUUCCUAUUGCAAUGUCUCAGAUAAAAGUCCGCCGAAUUUAGACAACAAUCUACCUAAAAAUCAUAUUAAUGAGAUAAAAAAUGAAGAACAUUCAGUUGAGGUGCAAACUGACAACCAUGGAAUUGUUUUGGCAAGAUUUAAAGCAAAAAUCGGAUAUGAUAAACGAGUUAACUCUAAAGGAUGUCAUUUUCAGCCUUGCCCAGAGAUAAAAAUUCUGAAUAGUAGGGGAGUUAACAAUAGAAAAAAAGGCUUUCUUCUGAGAAAUGGUCUCUGCCUAUCUCCUGUGCUAACAGACAGUAUUAAAGUUUGGGUUAAAAAUACUUGUGGGUUCGACAGUAUACUCCACAUUUUGCAGUUCACCGCUUUCGAUAACCCUAAAUAUUUAUCGUUCAUCAGCACUUCGACUCAGCAAUUUCUGAAAUUAUUGAAAGAGUUUCAAGAGAACGGACCCAGUAAUCAGCUCUACUCGGAACGAUUGAAAAUUCUCCGGAAUUUUUAUCCAAUUCAUAGAAAUCCUGGAGCUACUAUUCUCUCAGCAUAUGAGCUGGAUGCUGAAGACUUCCUCACAAAGAUUUGGAGUGACCUACUAGGCCCAGAACUUAGUGCAGUUCGGAUAAAAUCUUGUAGCAAUCGUCAGUGUCCACCUCUAACAAAAAAUGUUCCCUUUCUAAUGAUCAAUGAACGCGAAAUUUUAAAUGAUGGAUACAAGGUUUUACAAAGAGCUGUGCAGUUUACUCAUACUGUUCUUAAGAGCCGAUGCACAAUGAAGAACUGUUCAGGAUUAGUAACAGAAACCACAGAAUGCAACAAACAUAUUCUGAUUGAUGUAGAUAUCAGAACGAAAACUGUGAUUCCCGGGCAAGAGAAAGUGGAAAAUAAACCAAUGCAAUCUGUUCUCGAGGAUUUCCCGAAAACACUGGUUCUUGAUAAAAAAUUUCGAUUGGCUGGGGUAAUUGCGUAUAAGCCAGGGCACUUUAUUGCAUAUUGCUUGCGCACUACAGGUACUUGGCUAAAGUGUGAUGACACGAGUAGGAAAAUUGAACCUGUGAAAGGUUUAGAAUUGCGUCAAAAACUUACACCCCAUGGAUUAAUCUAUGUCGAAGAGUGAAAAAUUCAGAUCUACGAUUUGUUAUAAAUGUAUGUUGCAAUUUAUAUUUUGUUGCGAGGAAUAAAAUUACCUGCAUUGUC